GAAGCAGUUCAGGUACUUCUGAAGCAUUCUGCAGAUGUUAAUGCUCGAGACAAAAACUGGCAAACCCCUUUACACAUAGCUGCUGCUAAUAAAGCUGUAAAGUGUGCUGAAGCUUUGGUACCUCUUCUGAGUAAUGUGAAUGUUUCGGAUCGAGCAGGGAGAACUGCAUUACAUCAUGCAGCUUUUAGUGGGCACGGUGAGAUGGUCAAACUGCUUUUGUCUAGAGGUGCCAAUAUUAAUGCUUUUGACAAGAAAGAUAGACGUGCUAUCCAUUGGGCAGCAUAUAUGGGUCACAUUGAAGUAGUGAAAUUACUUGUGGCACAUGGAGCUGAAGUGACGUGCAAGGAUAAGAAGUCUUACACACCUCUUCAUGCAGCGGCCUCUAGUGGAAUGAUCAGCGUAGUCAAGUACCUUUUAGAUCUUGGAGUUGAUAUGAAUGAACCAAAUGCCUAUGGAAAUACACCUCUUCAUGUAGCCUGCUAUAAUGGACAAGAUGUUGUAGUGAAUGAACUUAUAGACUGUGGUGCUAUUGUAAAUCAAAAGAAUGAAAAAGGAUUUACUCCUUUGCACUUUGCCGCUGCAUCAACACAUGGAGCGUUAUGUUUAGAGCUUCUAGUUGGCAAUGGGGCCGAUGUCAAUAUGAAGUCCUUUGUCACAGGAGCUGUAAUUGACUGUGAGGAUAAGAAUGGAAACACUCCUUUGCACAUAGCAGCACGAUACGGCCAUGAACUGCUAAUCAACACUCUUAUUACAAGUGGUGCUGACACUGCAAAGCGCGGCAUACAUGGAAUGUUUCCCCUCCACUUGGCAGCCUUAAGUGGUUUUUCAGAUUGCUGUAGAAAACUUCUAUCUUCAGGAUUUGAUAUAGAUACCCCAGAUGAUUUUGGCAGGACCUGUCUACAUGCAGCUGCAGCUGGAGGGAAUUUGGAGUGCCUAAACCUUCUGCUGAAUACUGGUGCAGACUUCAACAAAAAAGACAAAUUUGGGAGAUCUCCACUGCACUAUGCUGCUGCCAACUGCAAUUACCAGUGCCUCUUUGCUCUUGUGGGAUCAGGAGCAAGCGUGAAUGACCUUGAUGAAAGAGGCUGCACACCCCUGCACUAUGCAGCUACAUCAGACACAGAUGGCAAGUGCCUGGAAUACUUACUAAGAAAUGAUGCAAAUCCAGGGAUCCGUGAUAAGCAGGGAUACAAUGCAGUUCAUUAUUCAGCUGCUUAUGGUCACCGUCUGUGUCUUCAGCUGAUUGCAAGUGAAACUCCUUUAGAUGUUUUAAUGGAAACCUCGGGGACAGAUAUGCUCAGUGAUUCAGAUAAUAGAGCAACAAUAAGCCCUUUACAUUUGGCUGCCUAUCAUGGUCACCAUCAAGCAUUGGAAGUGUUGGUACAGUCUUUGUUAGAUCUUGACGUCAGAAAUAAUAGUGGAAGAACGCCUUUAGAUCUUGCAGCAUUUAAGGGGCAUAUCGAAUGUGUGGAUGUACUCAUUAAUCAGGGAGCCUCAAUUUUAGUAAAAGAUUACAUUUUGAAGAGAACACCUAUACAUGCAGCAGCAACAAAUGGUCAUUCAGAAUGCUUACGGCUAUUAAUAGGAAAUGCAGAACCACAGAAUGCAGUAGAUAUUCAAGAUGGAAAUGGACAGACGCCUCUGAUGCUGUCUGUUCUCAACGGGCACACAGACUGUGUCUACUCACUGCUAAACAAAGGAGCAAAUGUAGAUGCCAAAGAUAAAUGGGGAAGGACAGCAUUGCAUAGAGGGGCAGUUACAGGCCAUGAAGAAUGUGUAGAUGCAUUACUUCAACAUGGUGCUAAGUGCUUACUUCGGGAUAGUAGGGGCCGGACACCUAUACACUUGUCAGCUGCCUGUGGACACAUUGGUGUUCUUGGAGCCCUUUUGCAGUCAGCAGCAUCAGUGGAUGCAAAUCCAGCCAUAGCAGACAAUCAUGGAUAUACUGCACUUCACUGGGCUUGCUACAAUGGUCAUGAGACAUGUGUAGAACUUCUUUUAGAACAGGAAGUUUUCCAGAAAUUGGAAGGAAAUGCUUUUAGUCCAUUGCAUUGUGCUGUGAUAAAUGACAACGAAGGUGCUGCUGAGAUGUUAAUUGAUACAUUAGGUGCCAGCAUCGUGAAUGCCACAGAUUCAAAAGGAAGAACUCCUCUCCAUGCAGCUGCCUUCACAGACCAUGUAGAGUGUUUACAGCUGCUGCUAAGCCAUAAUGCUCAAGUCAAUUCUGUGGACUCUUCUGGGAAAACACCUCUUAUGAUGGCCGCAGAAAAUGGACAAACAAAUACUGUUGAAAUGCUGGUUAGCAGUGCUAGUGCAGAUCUGACUUUACAAGAUAACAGUAAAAACACCGCCCUCCAUUUGGCUUGCAGCAAGGGUCAUGAAACUAGUGCCUUGUUAAUACUGGAAAAGAUAACAGAUAGAAACCUCAUCAACGCAACCAACGCAGCCUUGCAAACACCUCUGCAUGUUGCUGCCCGAAAUGGGCUAACAAUGGUGGUUCAAGAACUUUUGGGGAAAGGAGCAAGUGUGCUUGCAGUAGAUGAAAAUGGAUAUACCCCAGCUUUGGCCUGUGCUCCCAAUAAGGAUGUGGCUGAUUGCCUGGCUCUCAUUUUGGCCACCAUGAUGCCUAUCUCAUCAAGUAGCCCUUUAUCAUCCUUGACAUUCAAUGCCAUUAACCGUUAUACCAACACCUCAAAAACAGUCAGCUUUGAAGCCUUGCCCAUCAUGAGGAAUGAACCUAGCUCCUACUGCAGUUUCAACAACAUUGGCGGGGAACAGGAGUACUUAUACACUGAUGUGGAUGAGCUCAAUGACUCCGAUUCCGAGACCUACUGAAAGGCUGAGCCAGGGUCAUAGGAGGGAGUUCGGACACUAAAACUGCAAACUGUGCUUUUUCAGGAAAAAAGGCACUUUCGUACAAAUUCAACCUAAGAGGAAAGAUCGCACAGUGAGCCGAUAUAAGAAAUGUGAUGACAUUAGGAAGAAGAGUUUUAAAGGCAAGUUUUAUAAAAGGAACCUUUAGAAUCUUGAAAUAGACUUGAUCAGAGAAAAACACAUUGAUGUCAAAUUGUUUUGUGGAAUUGUUUAAUUUGGUUUUGCAGCGCCAUGAAUAAUUUGGGACACUGUGCACCCUAACCUGCUUACACAAGCAACACUAUUGUAAAAGAAGACAUGAGGACAUUAGAUUUAAAUCUUAUCAACAAAAUUACAACUAAAUUUAAAGGCAAUAAAAGUUUGGUACAAUAGUCAUUAUGUGCACAGCAAAUUGCCAAAGGACCAAAUAACUUAAGGGUUUUUUAAUAGAAUGCCAUUUUAUGGAAACUGAAGUAGGUGAAAUGAAACAUUACCUAAACCAAACUUUAGUAUUUCUGGAAAUGAAGCUGAGAUUUGGUUUUAAAUGUUAAUUUUUUUAAAAAAGAAAACAUCUGAAAGCCUUCCAAUUCCAUGAAAAAAGCAGAUGUAUUUUUACAUUUUUUCUUUUACAUUAAAAUUUUCAAAUUUUUAUAUUAGAAUUGAAAACCAGCUGAACGAGUGCAUUAUGGGUUAAAACACUGGUGACACAGACACUGAGACAGAUUGGAUUCAGGUUUUUGUCCGGUUUCAAAUGGUUUGGGCUUAAAAUUGAGCUAUUUUUGUUUAAAAAUGUAAAGAAUUUCCUAGGAAAAAGAUUAAUGAAAUCAGAAAGUACAUUAUUUCACCUGUUGUACCUAAGUGGUCCUAGGAAAUGGAGUUUUCAAAAUUGCUACUUUUGAUGGCACACCUUAGUCACUUUAAGUUAUUUUUGUGCCCCCAUAAUGAGUUAGGAGAUUUUUGUUGUUUAUUUUGGCCCCUGGAUUUUGAAAAAUGAUGAAUCAAAGGGAAAAAACAACUCUUAUCAUUCAUAGAUUAAACAACUUUAAGUCUUUUGAAAGGUAUUUCUGUAUUGGGCAAGAUUUAAAAAUACUAAAGCUUUUUAGGUCCUAUUCAGAUUUAAAGUAGUAUUUUUGAAACCUGUUAUUAUUUGGAAAGAGAAGCAAUUGCCUGCGAAAUUGAAAAGUACCUUUCAAGUAACAACAAAAGAGAGAGAAAAGCUGAAAUUUAGGCUUUCAAAUAACAGUCGAUGUGGUUUUGCUUUUACUGUAACUGUCAGUUCCAGGUAAAAAUGAUUUCACGUAUGUAGGGUUCUUACAGGUCUGGGUAAAAAAGUUCCAUAAAUUACAGCAAAUUGAUACCCAUUUUCAUUUUAUCCUUUUUGUAUUGUGAAACUGGAAACUUUAUGACAUUGUAAAUUAUCAGCUGGUUUUUCUGAAUAUAAAGUGUGAAAACACAGAACAGUAUUUUGAUCUAUUUGAUAAUUUUGUGGGUUUUUUGAAGAAUUAAUGAGCAUGUACAUAGAAAUAGUGACUGCUUGAAUACUGUAUUUACUUGCACUCUUUCAGUACAUCAAGAUUCCUGUAUAUUUUAGAGUAUAAUAAAACACAGAUGUGAGUUGUAUUUAAUGAACAAGUAUUUGUAUCUGUGCAUAUUAUCUCAAAAUCUAUAAAGUUUCUAGGGCAUUGACUACUAGAUUUUAAGCAUUUUUUUCUAAAAUAUUUACAGAAAUUAUAAAUGUAAUCUUCCAUCUUUUCUUUGUAAUAUAGAGAAGUCAGAAAGAGCCCUUCCCAAUUAUUAGUGGUAGGAAGGUGAAUAUGCAUUUUAAAGACAGUGGACUACUUUUCUAUUGUACCUUUAAAAAAAAAAUUCAAGCGGAUUCUAAAAGUAUACAUAUGUGUGCUUUCUCUUUCCUUUUAGGAAUUCUCUUCUGAAUUCCCUGGGGGAAUUUUCUAGAAUCUCAGAAUUGAAAGAGACCUGAGGUUCAUCCACUCUCUAACCUCUUAACAAAUGCAGGAGUUCCUUCUACAAGGGUGAUCUUUCCACCUUGAACACUUCCAGUGACUCUACCUCACCAAGCAGUCCAUUCAGUUGAGCAGCUCUAACUGUUAGAAAGGUCUUCCUUAGAUGGAGUUGAAGCCUCCCUCCGGGUAACUUCUGUCCUUGGGCCUGGGUCUGUCCUCCGAGAGAACCCUGAGAAUGUUGGAAGGAUGAAUCUCGCCCGCUCUGCCAUGUCUUCUCUUUUCACAGGCUGUUUGGCUCCUCUGCUGAAGUGAUUUCCAGAAGGACUCAUUUGGCACGCUGUUAGAGUUACCACAGCUAAUGAAAUCCAAGGUGUAGCUAUAAAGUAAUGAGCUGUUUUUAAUUUAUCCUCACAUAUUCCAGAACUUUAAACCUGCAUCAGUCAUAUGUAAAUGAUGCUGUUACCAAAAAACAUUUGUGAGGUGGUUUUUGGGAAUGCCAGCCCUCUGGGAAAACUCUCAGAUUGCUUUAUGAUCACAUCUGUGACAGUCUGUCCCCUAGCUUUGUUGACUCCUGCACCCAGUGAGGUGAAAUCUUGAAGUACUAUCCCAAAUGGUGUUUGAACAAUACUAUUAUUGUUGGAGUAAGUACAUGGACUACUUGAAUGCACCACAGUAAGUUCCUUUAUAGUUACACCUUGUAUGUCAAAAGCAUUCAGGCCCUGUUCUGUAGUGUUUUUUUACCCUCACACAGAGUAGAUAAGCCUGUUUGCUUUCUCUAACUUCUGCAUGAAAGGUAACAUCUGAAAAUCUGAAGUGUAUUAUAGUAAUACCAGCUUUUGCUCUAGAACUACUUUGGGGAAAAUGGUGGUAAUAGCAAAUGACCUCCUUUAACAAGACACUCAACUCAAACAGUGCCAUUUAGUUCAGGAGAUCUCUAAGUACGGCUGUAAAUUUGGGGGUUCAUUUGGCUUAUAUCAGACCUUUUAAAAGAAAUAAAGUUUUUUAAUGCAAUAAA